UUAGAAAUUUACUUUAAAAUGAAAAAUAGUACAAACAAAGGAGAUAAAGCCAUGAGCCAACAUGUUGGUGGUGAUAUCUAUGGAAACGUUCAAGACAGUUUUAAAGUAGAGCUCAAUCCAUUUAUCAUUCCCUCAGAAGGCAUAAAUGAAAAGCCUAGAUCUAUGCCAAGUAGAGAGAAGAAUGAAUCUCCCACUGGUAGUGAUAUAAAAAGAUAUAACUCGCCUUCUCCUGAGAGAUCUGUUAUGAAAAGGAAGGAAGAUGAGUCUGAGAAACAUUUUAAAGUCAAAAAGACUAUCAAUCCAAUAUCAGACUCAAAAGAAGAGGAGAAAGAUGUUUUAGAAUGUGCUAUAGGAUUGUUUCAAAGCCCAAAAGAAGGCUAUACAGACUCUAAAAUGUCUAAAGCAAGAAAAGAUACAAUUUCAGUAGAGCCCAACCCCAAAGAAAAGGUCUUCGCAAAGAAAGUUUUUACUACAGAAGACGACAUAUCACUAAAUGAUAGAGACUCAGCCUUUAACUCAAAAGCAUCGGAGGGGGAACAAGACGCUGAAUCUGAGGAAAUUGUCGAAAGAACCCCUGACAAUAGCUCAAUUGAAGGAGAGAUGGUUGAAAAUCAUGAUGUUAUAAGAAAGCAACUCAUGAAAGAAGAUAACACCAAGGAGUAUAUAAGAAUCUCCUCUAGGAUUGCAGAAUUGGAGUUGAGAAUCAAUAGAUUGAGCUAUGAAGUAAUCAGCACUAAAGAUAGAUCAAAGCUGCAGUGCAUUCUUAAGCUUGAAGUGAGGGUAGAUCUUUUGAGAGACGAAAGAAGAGCUUUAGUUAAAAAAGCAGCUUAUCAAGUGUAAUUCUG